CCUCACGACACCAACCGACCAUCACCACCGUCGAGCAGCACCAGCCGUCAAGAUGAGCGCCCAGGCCCUGAACAAGAUCGCUCCCAACAGCCCUACGCGGCAGAACCCCUCCGAGCUGGAGCAGAACAUUGCCCAGGCUCUUUACGACCUCGAGACCAACACGGCCGACCUCAAGGUCGCCCUGCGUCCUCUGCAGAUCGUCUCUGCCCGCGAGAUCGAGGUCGGCCACGGCAAGAAGGCUAUUGUCAUCUUUGUCCCCGUCCCUUCCCUGCAGGGCUUCCACCGUGUCCAGCAGCGUCUCACUCGUGAGCUCGAGAAGAAGUUCUCUGACCGCCACGUCCUGAUCCUGGCCUCGCGCCGCAUCCUCCCCCGCCCCAAGCGCUCUGCCCGCUCCCGCAACACCCAGAAGCAGAAGCGCCCCCGUUCCCGCACCCUGACGGCCGUCCACGACGCUAUCCUGUCCGACCUUACCUACCCCGUUGAGAUCGUCGGCAAGCGUAUCCGCACCAAGGAGGACGGCAGCAAGCUCCUCAAGGUCAUCCUUGACGAGAAGGAGCGCGGUGGCGUCGACUACCGCCUGGACACCUACUCCGAGGUCUACCGCCGCCUCACCGGCCGCAACGUCAACUUCGAGUUCCCCCAGACCCCCGCUGAGUACUAAGCGGUGGAUUUGAAGAUGGGAGAGUGACGUGCCUUGUUUGCAUUGAUGGUUGGUCCAAAAACUUGGGGGCUCGGCGUCUUGAGAUACAUGUAGCUUGAUAAUGACACAAGCUGCUUCAUGAUUUCGUCAUAAGAAGUCAUUAACAACCCAAUUGGCCGCUCAUCAUCAUCGCGUCAUCAUUAUCAUCUAUUCGGG